UAAAAGAAGAUGAAGAACUUGGAGAGCUUCAUGAUUUUCCACCAAGUCCUUUGGAUCAUUAUCGGAAGAGAGCAUCCUUUGACUGGAAGCAAAUGAAAUUGUUAUUCAUCGGAAAAGAUAUGAUGGAUUUUCAGAAUAGAGUGUGGAAAACUUUGGAAGCUGAUCCUUUGUUUCAUCGAAUGCCGUCUGCUCAACUCACUUUACAAGAGGCACGCCGACUUUGUUUUCAAAGAAUGAAGCGAAUUAAAGAAUACCAGUUUUUUACAGAUGAAGAAUUCAGGGAAAAUCCUCUUAUAGCAUUAAAUCUUUACAUUUGUGUUGGAAUGAUUGAUUGGUCAUUGGCUUUAAAAUUACUAUUAGGAAUUGAGUACUUCAUCAUGGUAUUAAGACUAUCAGGAACAAAGCGCCAUAUGCAGUUAAUCAAUGAUGUGAAAGAUUUCAAAGCUGUGGGUUGCUUUGCACUUACUGAAAUGGCUCACGGAACUAAUACAAGAGCAAUGAAGACUACAGCCACAUAUGAUCCAUUAUCUCAGGAAUUUAUUUUGAAUACCCCAAGAUUAGAGGCAACCAAAAUGUGGAUUGGAAACUUAGGACAAAGUGCUACACAUGCUGCAUUGUAUGCGCAGUUAUAUACACCAGACGGUAAUUGUCAUGGACUCCAUGCCUUCAUAGUUCCUAUUCGAGAUCCCAAGACACAUUUACCUUAUCCUGGUAUCACUGUUGGUGAUAUGGGUCCAAAAUUAGGUCUUCAAGGGAUAGAUAAUGGGUUUAUGACGUUCCAAAAUUAUAGAAUUCCUCGAGAGAGCCUUUUGAGUAGAACUGGGGAUGUAACCCCUGAUGGAAGAUAUGUCACUCCUUAUAAAGACCCUAAUAAGAGAUUUGGUGCAUCAUUAGGAUCUUUGUCAUUGGGAAGAAUGGGUAUUCUCAGUGUGUCAGUUGCUAAUUUACAAAUGUGUUUGCCUAUUGCUAUUCGUUAUUCUGCUAUUAGGAAACAAUUUGGACCCCAAGGAGAAGAGGAAGUUCCUAUAUUAGAGUAUCAACUUCAUCAAUAUCGCCUGUUGCCAUAUCUUGCUGCCACAUACACACUCUAUCACUUUGUUUCACGGUUUAAUGAUGAAUUGAUAAACAUUCAAAUGAAAAUCAUCUUUGGAGAAAAGACAUCAGAAUUGUCUGACCAAGUUGGGGAGUUUCAUGCUUUAUGUUCUGCAGCCAAACCAGUUAUUACAUGGACAGCUCGAGACGCAAUCCAAGAAUGCAGAGAAGCAUGUGGAGGCCAUGGGUACUUACAAGCUAGUGGUUUUGGACAUCUAAGAAAUGAUAAUGAUGCAAAUUGUACUUAUGAAGGAGACAAUAAUGUAUUGCUUCAACAAACUAGCAAUUACUUGCUGGGGCUAUUAAGAAAAAAAGCAGAAGGAUCUGAAUUCAUUCACUUAGAAAGUGUAACUUUUCUUGAUCACAUGGACAGCAUACUGAAAGAAAAUUUUCGAGCAUCUGUACUAGAAGAUUGUUUGGACAUGAAAGUUAUAUUAGCUGCAUAUCGUUGGUUAGUCUGUUACCUUAUGAAGCAAAGCUCUGACAAAUUUGAUGGAUUAAUGAGGGAGUACAAUGAUACUUUUGUUGCUAGAAGCAACAGCCAAGUAUUUUUCUGCAGAGAUUUGUCCAUUGCAUACUUUGAACAUGCUGUUCUCCAGAAGUUCUAUAAUUUCAUUUUUGAAGAAAAUUCUGAUCAACAAUUGUCAAGUGUGUUGCACAAACUUGGAUGCUUAUAUGGUUUAUGGUGUAUGCAGAAACAUUUUUCAAUUUUUCAUGAAGGAGGCUAUUGUAACAAAAACUACCAUAGUACACUUAUCAAGAAAGCUGUCUUAAGACUAUGUACUGAAUUGAAAGACGAUGCAGUGUCACUUAUUGACGUAAUUGCACCUCCAGAUUUUAUUCUCAACUCAGCUCUUGGGCGAUCAGAUGGGCAAGUUUAUAAAAACUUAUAUGAUGUCAUAGUUCAAACUCCAGGGGCUUUGGAUCGUGCACCAUGGUGGGAAGAAUUCCUCAAAAAACCUAAAGUACAUUCACUUCAAGCCAAGCUCUAAAAAGACUUGUUUGAAACUAUCAGAAUAUGGAUGCUGAAAUAGUUGAAUUUGUAACCAAUGUUUUUAAAUUAUCUUUGUGGUAGUUAAAUAUUCCGUAGUUUACGGGUAACACUUUUGAGUUUUGUUAGUCAAAAUACAAAGCUGAUUGAAGACCUUCUGUUGCAUGAGAUUUUUAUUGAAGUUUGGAAAACUGUUACUUAUUAUGCAUGUUUAAAAUAUGAAAUUGAAGGGAAUGUUAAACUUUCCAAAAAACACAUGCAUCAAAAGUUGUUUUAAGAAAUAAAUUUUAUUCAAAUGUAAUUUUAGUAAUUUAAUUACUUUUAUGUAUAUUUUGCAAACUGCAUUUAUUUCAUCAUUUGCUCUUUAUCGAGCAUUUCAAUAUCAUAACACAACUAUUCUUACUUUAAAACGAGGUUAUGAAAGAGGGUUUUUUUUUAAAUUAAAUUUUAUAUUCUUGUAAAUGUUGUGUUUUGUGCAUAUUAUCAUUGUAUUCAUUUAAAUUUAUCAGUCAUUUCAUUUUUCUAAAAUGGAUGUUAGUAGGUACUUAAUAUACAUAUUUAUAAUGAUUUAAGCCAUAAGAAAAAGGUAAUUAAUGGAAUGUCAAGGUUUUUUUUUAGAAAAAUUGUUAAUUUAGAAAAGCAGUUAUUUUUUUGUAUUUUAAAUAAAAAAUCAUAUUAAUAAAAUGUUCAAGACUUGAAAAAAAAUAUCCUUAAUUUUGGAAAGCAGUUUUAAUUUUGUACUUUGAA